AUGCCUUCCGGUGGGCUUCUUAUCCCCAGGAGAUAACCUCCUUGACCACUGCUGAAGUGAAAGCUAUAUGUCAGCUCCAUAUUGACUGGGAAUGUUCAACGGAGAUGCAAGCAAUCCAGCUUGGUUCCAACAUCCAACAGCUGCUUUCUCCUGGUUCUGACACUUUGCCUGAACUCUCGCAUGAGGAACUUCUAGGUCUCCAGCUGCAAGACUCUGUGAUUUCCAAGGUCAUCCCUUUCGUCUUCAAUAAGAAACGGCCCACCAGACGAGACCGAUAUGAUGUUUCUUCUGAAGUGUUGUUGCUGAUGAAGCAGUGGGACCGCUUGAUCCUAAGAGAGGGAGUUCUGUAUCGUGUCAUUAAGGAGAGUCACACAAACCGGAGAAAGUGUCUUACCAGAGGUGUUACGACUCAAAGCAAUGACCGGCAUUCAUGACCUUGCAGGACAUCAAGGCCAGGCUAGAACUCUAGCCCUGACCAGACAGAGGUUUUUCUGGCCUGCAAUGGAGAGACACAUCAAGGAGUAUGUACACUGCUGCCAGAGAUGCAGCCGUGCAGUACAGCACCGGUUACACUAGCUUGCUAGCUAAGAUUUUGAAAGUAUGAUGUUGACAUGAUCAGUCCAUUCAAAGCUACGGUAGAUAUAACAUGAUUUGACGUCAUUUUAUCUAUGGCCAAUGACCUUGAGCCUUCUUGGAUGGGCACUUCUAAUGUAACUAUGGCAGCACCCAAGGGGCUUGAAUGUUCGAGCUCUCCCCGUAGAUUUUGCGGUGACGUAGUGUCCCCAUGAGUGACAGAACACUGAGCAAAUCACGGCGCAACUAGAGAACAUUACCAACCCCUACGCUCCGUAUUUUCCGCUGCUGCCCCAUCACCACAGAAAGCACUGAGCUAGGCUGAACCACCUACAUUUUGGAGAGACCAUGUUUGUAUGCAGCUUUAUUAACUCAAUUAUUGUAUUUAUUUUUUACAUUGUUUGCAAACUGAUAUGUGACACGUAUUAAUGCCAAAAUAACAUGCAAAACAGGCACCCCAAAAAAAUGACGGGUCUCCACUGACACUGACCCAUAGAGAUGUACAGAGAGCACACUUGCCACUAGAUAGAAAAGCCUUCUAUAAUAAUAAUAUGCCAUUUAGCAGACGCUUUUAUCCAAAGUGACUUACAGUCAUGCGUGCAUACAUUUUUGUGUAUGGGUGGUCCCGGGGGUCGAACCCACUACCUUGGCGUUACAAGCGCCGUGCUCUACCAGCUGAGCUACAGAGGACCACAUGGGAUUUGCUAUCACAGAAGCGAUCAAUGGCAAAUAUCAGAGGUGAGCUUGCACGAGAACUAAAUGAGAAAACAAGUCGAGAUCGGAUCAUGGAAACACAUGCCCGGUAGAGAUAUGAUUCUGAAAGUAACGCAUGCAUUGCUUGACAGUAAUUUGAGGAGAGCAGCUUGUCUACUCCCAUGUUCUUCAUCCUCUCCCCUGGAUUCGACCCCCCUCAAUGACGUGGAAGGUCUGUACACCUGCACGCAGGCAUACACACACAAGCACGCACACACUUACUUGCUAUAGCAUAUUGAAUCCUGUCUGUUUCAUAUCUAACCAGCCAUCCUGUCCUUUGGUCCAGGUAAAAAGAUGGGCUUCACCUUUAACAACAGGAAGUUCUACAGCGUGUCUCUGGGUCAGGGCCAGGAGGAUAUGGCCGAGGCUGCUCUAGACAUGGUGGCUACACUCUUAGAAAAAAGGGUUCUUUGCAGCAGGAUAGGGUUCUGCCAAUAACCGUUUUCGAUCAGAAGAACCCUUUUUGGAAAACAAGGGUUCUUUGUAAGGCAAAGGGUUGUACCGAGAACCUUUAACAUCCUAAGAACCGAUUCUUUGGAAGGCAAGAAUGGUUCUACAUAGAACCAUAUAUAAUAUUUCCCAGCAUGUUCUACUGCAGGGAGAUUUUCAGAAUUGUUUGUUUUACUGUAAUAUCUGUGUUUUUGCAUUUACAUUGAUUGGUUGAUCAAUUUUAUGCUACCCAAAGAUAAAUAACAUACAGUUUUCUAAACUAAUCCAAUCUGUUGGAUUUAUUGCACCCGUUACUGAGAUGGUUGUUCCAGUUUAGAUGAUUGAGGUAAUCUCAGUAGACAAUCUUCCCUACCUUGGCAGUCAUUCUGAAUGCAGGUUGCGGGUGAUUAACAAUUCCACUUGUUGGAUAUUCUAACUCUGUCUGGAAUCCAAUAGGAAUUACACAUCACUUUGCAAGCCAGCAUAAUGUGACUUGCAAACCCGGAGAUUCCUAACCCGGAGAUUCCUAAAAAUAAAAUGUUAAAGGCUAAUAAGGCUGGUGGAACCGUUCAUAGAGGGUUCUAGGAAGAAUCCUCCAAAAGAUAAAAGGUUCUCGGUAGAACCCUUCAUAGAGGGAUCUAGGAAGAACCUUUAGAUGAUAAAAUGGUUCUUGGUAGAACCCUUCAUAGAAUGUUCUAGAUGGAACCCUCUGCAAAGGGUUUUACCCAGCACCAAAAAGGGUUCCCCUAUGGGGACAAACCGAAGAACCCUGUAUGGUUCUACUUAGCACCUUUUAUUCUAAGCGUGUAGAGGGACACUGGGUUAUACUGCAGGUACACUGUCUGCAGGGGCGGUGUGUUCAUUAGGGCGAUAUGGGCGACGCACUGCCAAACGGGAAAAGCAAGGGAUUUUUUUUCUAAUCAAUUAUAUCACGGCAACAGUAGUUAUCAGUGUUCUAAUCUAGACGUCUGAUCUGCCACUAAAUGUCCAAUCAGGCUAAAGUCGUGCUUCAAAUGGCCCCGCCCGUUUUGGGGCGAUUUCAGUCAGGUUGAAAAUCGCCCAGAAGUCUCUCAUAGCCUCUCAUGUAAAAUCUAUUUUUUUCAAAUUUCAGAGCUUUCAAUAAAAUCUCUAUGGGUUUCUGAGGGCUUGCACUUACGCGCUUUCGUCAUACGUAACGUAACCAUGAACGUAACUAAGAAAAGAGCGGGUAGCAGCAUCAAUCAAUUCACGUACUACUAUCAAGAUGGCUAUAGCGUUCAGUGCAACUCGAUUGUCUCUUUGAAAGAAGUUCACAUCAAAGAGACAACCACAAAGUGCAGGAGCGCUUUUUUGAGUUCCUUCCCAUCUCGGAAUCAACCUCAGUCUCAAUCGCCAGUGUGCUUUUGGAGAGACUGAACGGUCUUUUUGCCGACGACGUGAAAGUCAAACUCAUUGCGCAAGCUUACGAUGGAGCCAGUGUGAUGAGGCGAGAGAAGGCAAAAGGUGCGUGAGCAUUUCAAGAAAGGCCAUUACGUGCAUUGCUAUGCGCAUCAGCUGAAUUUGAUCAUGCAGCAAGCUAAAAAGUAACUAGUAAACUAGUCCUCAGCAUGCCUGAUUUCAAUGAGAAAGUCAUUGACCGCUUUGCUGCAUUGAAAGAGAGAAGAGAACAGUUUCAGUACAAGUAAUGUAGCCUCUCUCUCUCUUUGUCCCUCCCUGUCUGUCUCUUUAACACACACACGCCCAAAUCAGUUCACAGUUGAUGUUGUUUAAAAUAGUUAUUUUUCAUUUUAAAAAAGUAAACAAUUUUUUUUACAAAUCUAUACAAUUGGCCAGAAUAUGGUUGUUCAUAUUUACAAAGCCAUACAGAUAGCUGUGUUUACCUUUUCUAGAAAUUAUUUUCAAAUUCUGUUUUCAGGCAAAAUGUCUAUCACUGUUCAUUUUCACAAAUCUAUACAAGAGGGCAGAAUAUGGAAGUCUAUAAAAAUUUCUUAUUACCAAUAACUUGCAUCAAUGUUUUCAGUAGCCUCUAUCAAAAGCUCCUGCUUGCUCAGGUGCACAUAUUUCCAAUUCAACCAUGAGGCCUUUUUGAAGCAAGUAAUGUGUAUAUCAGUAUUGACUUAUAUGCUGCCCCUGUCUUCAUGUUGUUGCUGGACAUAUCUUUUUUAAAAUGUGUGUAGGUCACCUAAAUCAUCAGAAAAAUUGCCCCCCCCCUGAGAAUUUUUUCAGGAGCCGCCACUGACUGUCUGUAUGGGAACCACUUACUUUCUACUCACGGGCUGGAGUAUAAACAGCCAGCAAGUUACUGUCUUCGUCUCAAAUGACGCCGUAUUUCACUUUAAAGGGAAUGAGGGUGCCAUUUGGGACGCAAUCAUUGUCAUGGAAUAUUUUGUGCCAACAUGAAGGAUCUUUUUCCCUAAUGCUUUAUAUGGCUCUGGUUGUUAUUAAACUACAACCUCAUAGUCUACUUAUAUACUAACUAUACAGUAUAGACUACUUGCCAGGUAUUAAAUAAUAAACCUUCUCCUUUUGUAAUGACAGACAGGAAGCAAGUACAGGAUGAGGAUUUAAUAAUAAAUAGACAUUAAACAAAGCAAGAACAGCGUCUGGACAAGAGAAACAAAACAUCAAUGCAGACACGGGGAUCAAACUGAGGAACAGACAGAUAUAGGGGAGGAAAUUAAGCAGUGAUGAAGUCCAGGUGAGUCCAAUGAAGCGCUGAUGCAUGUAACGAUGGUGACAGGUGUGCGUAAUGAUGGGCAUCCUGGCGGCCCCCGAGCGCGAGGGAGGGGGAGCGGGAGCAGGUGUGACAACCCCCCCCCCGGGCCGGCCGAGGUGCGGGAACCCGUCAAGCCAGAUGGGCCGGCCGAGGCGUAGGAGCCUGACGAGCCGGCUGAGGCAUGGAAACCUGACGAGCCGGCCGAGGCGUGGGGUGAGAGCCUGCCGAGCCAACCGAGGCUUGUGAGCCUCUCGAGCCAGCUGAGGUAUCCCCGGUUGCUUCGGCAGCGGCACCCGGACCCGACGUCGCCAACAACAACAACAAAAAACUCCCUGAUGCUUCCAAUUGUGGUGUCUGCAUUCUGUAAGGACAUACGCUGGGAGACAGGAAGCAAGUACAGAGUGAGGUUUGAAUAAUAAAUAGACAUGAAACAAAGCAAGAACAGCGUCUGGCCCAGAGAAACAAAACAACAUCAAUGCAGACACGGGGAUCAAACUGAGGAACAGACAGAUAUAGAGGAGGAAAUUAAGCAGUGAUGAAGUCCAUGUGUGUCCAAUGAGCAGGAGCAGGCGUGACACCUUUGUAGAACAUCCACCUGGUGGCCAGGUGGCUGGGCAGCCUGGAUAAACUAGUGGAGCGCUACAGCAUGGGUAGCCAUGACGACUACAUGUCAGCUGAGCCUUCACCCAUGCCAGGGUUGAACUACAUCCCCCAGGGCCUUCUGGAGAACGGCAUCAAGAUCACCAACAUGCAAGCUAAUCUGCACAAAGCCCUGUAUCUCUUCAACUAGAUAACACACCUGGACGCACACACACACACACUGUGUGCAUUAGGACACCCUGGAGAUGUGUCAGAGUUCAAGGUGGUCCUGUUUGUGUUGUGCUACUUCCACGCCAUGGUGGCUGAGAGAAGGAAGUUUGGAACUCAGUGCUGGAACAGAUCUUACCCCUUCAACAACGGAGAUCUCACCAUCUCCUUCGAUGUGCUCCACAACUACCUGGAGGCCAACUGCAAGGAGUGUGUGUGUGACUGACCUCACCAUCUCUCAAUCAGCCUAGAGCUUUACGGCCCUGCUACACUACAGCCAUCAGGCGUCCAGCAUUGCCAUCAGCCAUUGAGGGAACGCUUCCUUUGAAAUCAAUGAAAGCUGCUAUACUGCUUGAGUUGCGUCGUGUCCAAUGGCAGCGUCCAUGGGCGGUGUGUUCAAUAGGGCGAUAUGGGCGACGCACUGCCAAACGGGAAAAGGAAGGGAUUUUUUUUGUAAUCAAUUAUAUCAUGGCAACAGUAGUUCAGUGUUCACGUCUGAUCUGCCAGCCACUAAAUGUCCAAUCAGGCUAAAGUCGUGCUUCAAAUGUCCCCGCCCGUUUUGGGGCGAUUUCAGUCAGGUUGAAAAUCGCCCAGAAGUCUCUCAUAGCCUCUAAUGUAAAAUAUUUUUUUUUCAAAUUUCUGAGCUUUCAAUACAUUCUCUAUGGGUGUCUGAGGGCUUGCACUUACGCGCUUUCGUCAUACGUAACGUAACGUAACCAUGAACGGCAGACAGCAACGCUUGGACAGCGACUGGUGUAACCGACAUGCACCAUCUUUCAGAAAAGAUUAAGAAAAAUGAGCUGUCAAAGACCCACAUUGAUAGCUGUUUGAGAUUGUCUGCUUUGGUGAGAGUGAAUAUUGCCACUCAACUGGAUGAGGGAUACAGGCUAGCUGUCCGCCGCCACAACGAUGAGGUUAGCAACAGCAGAGUCGUGAACACUGUCUACGAGAAUCGAGACGACCUCAUAGAAUGUUUUGAAGCCAUCCGGACGGGUUCAUUGGGUUCAUUUGACCAGCCCACCGUACCAGAAGCUACAGAAUAAGGACAUCGAUGCUGUCUUUAUCAAACGUGCCCUCGACAGCUUCGCAAGCAGUGUGCAGGCCAUAAGGUAAGAUAAAGAUUAAACAAUAUCAUUCGAUCUUUCUCAAAGCAGAGCUUUAUUUGAAAAUGUAUGCAUGAAAGGAGACUGCAUUUGUGUUUGAAAUUACAUUAUUGUCAUUAUAUAUGGCCAGUGGUGUAAUCUAUCUUAUUUUAUAUACUAUGUGUACUGUACAGUGGUGCUCAUAAGUGUAUGAACACAUUCUAAAGCUGACUAAAAAGAGGAAUAAAAAAAUAAAAAAAAUCAUCUUUUGGAAAUUGAUCUUAAUGACUUAAUUAAAAAAGUUGGAAAAUCCAACCUUUAAGGACACCAAUUUUCUUUUCUUUUUUAUUCCUCUUUUUAGUCAACUUUAGCAUGGGAUCAUAAGCUUAUGAGCACCACUGUAUACUGUGCUGAACAUCCAGGCUAUGUGAGACACAAAGGCUAACUUAAACACUAAAGACUUUAUGCAUCCCUGCCCAUUUUAAGUGGAACUGAAGUAUUUGUACUAUACAUGGAUACAUUGCAUAUACCUGUGCAUCACAUAGACAACAAUACUGUACAAAGCCAACAAACACAUUGGUCUGUUUGCCUUCAGGGACUCCUCUCAACAGCAGCUGCAAGAAGCAACAGGAGCCAAAAGACCCAGAACAGCUUUGAGAGAAGAGGAGAAGCAGAGGCUGUCUGAAGAGGUCUGCAACACCAUCCUGGAUCACACCAAAGAAAGGUUCUCUUUCUCUGGCCACCUUGUGAGUGCUACCUUACUGCAAGCAGACAUGUUUGAAAGGUACUGCCAUUCAAAAAAAUAAAAAAUCUGUUCAUGUUCAUUUUUACAAAUCUAUACAAUUGGCCAGAAUAUGGUUGUUCAUAUUUACAAAUCUAUACAAUUGGCCAGAAUAUGGUUGUUCAUUUUUACAAAGCCAUACAUAUUGUUUAUGCAGUGUUGAGGAAUGUGAAAGAACACCCUUGAUUAUUUUUACUGUGAUAACUUAUUUUGCUUUUGUAAGCCAACACUUUUGAGAUCAGUCAAUAAAUGCUUCUGGUAUUGACUUAUAUGCUGCCCCUGUCUUCAUGUUGUUGCUGGACAUAUCUUUUUAAAAAUGUGUGUAGGUCACCUAAAUCAUCAGAAAAAUUGCCCCUCCUGAGAAUUUUUUCAGGAGCCGCCACUGGCAGCGUCCAUGCUCAAGAAUCACCAAGGUUCAAUUCCCGAUGGCUGACGCUCGCGUUAAUUUUAUCUUGUGAAUUGAAAUAAUGAGAAAUAAGUUGAUUUUGAUUGGUUUCUGUGUAGCAGGUAGUGAGUGGCGCAGUGGUCUAAGGCACUGCAUCGCAGUGCUAACUGUGCCACUAGAGAUCCUGGUUCGUAUCCAGGCUCUGUCGCAGCCGGCCGUGACCAGGAGACUCAUGGGCGGCGCACAAUUGGCCCAGCGUCGUCCAGGGUAGGGGAGGGAAUGGCCGGCAGGGAUGUAGCUCAGUUGAUAGAGCAUGGCGUUUGCAACGCCAGGGUUGUGGGUUCGAUUCCCACGGGGGGCCAGUAUAUAUAAAAAAAUAAAAAUAUAUAUAUAUGUAUUCACUAACUGUAAGUCGCUCUGGAUAAGAGCGUCUGCUAAAUGACUAAAAUGUAAAAUGUAAAUGUAGAACGUCAAGUUGUGUCCUACCUACCUGGAUGAGUAUGUUAGACCUGAGAUGCUGGAGGGAGAGCUGUACCUCGCACCCAGAUUCCCUGUACAACUCUGACUAAGGUUUGGAACACACAAACACACACUAUUUCACUACACACCAAGACAUCACCCUUGAAAACUACAAAUAUUGUAAUCUUUCAGGAUCCCCCAAUGUGUGUGUCCAGGGCUACUAUACGUACAUAGAUGAGGUACGGCCUCCACCCCAAUGCUGAGAUAGCUUCUCUGAGGUGAUGGUGAGGAAGCCUGUUCCGCACUGUGCUGGAGAUGCAGCCCAAAGAGUCUGCCGCAGCCGUGGGAGGGGUGUCCAGAGAGAAGGUAUGAGAGACAGACACUGUCACUCCACCUCAGAGCCUUUAAUGAUCCUCCCCCCACUAAAGUCCUGACCCUGUGUGUGCCUCUGCCUGUGUGUGUGUGUGUGUGUUUUCCCCUACAGGCGAAGGGCAUCUUGGAUGAGAUCUUGGAGAAGCAUGUGUGUUGAGCUUGGAAACAGCAUGAAAAAACUGCUGCACCACAGUACAUCUUUCUCACGGUCCCACUGUUCCUAGGAAGCUCCACUAGAGGGCAACCUGUACCAGCAUGGCUAGUACAUACAUCAGAGGCACAGUACAGUACACACACGCACUCACACACACAAACACCUCAGUGAUAACCCUUUGAAUGGGAAAGUGAGGUUUGUUUAUUGGCGAGCUUCCAGCCUACUGUUAGCACAGUGUAACAAUAGAACUCCUGUAGAUAAGAAAAUCUAUCUUUAACGCCUCAGCUAUUGUUAGAGCUAGGCUUGUUUAUUCCUCUGCCAGAUCACCAGAUAGCAGCGAAGCGCUUCAACCACAGACUUAUAUAACCAAGUUUCUCUUUUAUUUAUAAAACAAUUAUCUGGGCUCCUGAAAGGACUGAUCUCUAUAAUAUAUAAACAACUUUUGGAAAGUUCAUUUUCUGAGCUAGCAAUUAAAAAAGUAUGGUCCACAGAUCUAAGUGAAUCUAAACAACCCUUUAACUGGAACAGAAUAUGGAAAAAUAUUACCUUUGCCGAACCAUCAACCUAUACAUUUUACAUUUGUUCACAGACUGUACUUAACACCCCGGAAGAAAUGUAUGAUGAAAUUGGCCCCAACUCCCAACUUUUCACUGUGUCCCCUAAAUAAGGCAGGCACAUUCCUUAAUAUGAUAUGGGAGUGCCCUGCAGUUAAAUGCUUCUGGGACAAAGUUACCAAAUUAAUUUAGUAGUGCAUGAACGUAAAUAUGAAAUGCGUUGCAACUGCUAUGUUACUUAACGAUGAUAGCUCCUUGAAACUCUCAACUAAUCAGAGACAAUUACUAUUAGCAGGCAGCACUGUCGCAAAAAAUUUUUUUGGCUCUUAGAUAGCAAUCACCCCACUCUCUCCCAAUCAGCCAGUGGAUACAGUUACUAUUAGAAGUUAUAACAUUAGAAUUAUCGACAGCGAGAAUGAAUGGUGCUAGUCAUGGGAAAAUUGAGGCCUGGACAAAUAUACUUGACUCUGUAAAGAAGAAUCUCAGCUAAAGCCCAACACAUACAAAUAAACAAUCUUUAAAGCUCAACACAUAUACUGAGAGUACAAAACAUUAGGAACACCUUCCUAAUAUUGAGUUGCUACCCCUUUUGCCCUCAGAACAGCCUCAAUUCAUCGGGGCAUGGUCUCUACAAAGUGUUGAAAGUGUUCCACAGGGAUGCUGGCCCAUGUUGCCUCCAAUGCUUCCCACAGUUGUGUCAAGUUAGCUGGAUGUCCUUUUGGUGGUAGACCAUUCUUCAUACACACAGGAAACUGUUGAGCAUGAAAAACUCAGCAGCGUUGCAGCACUUACUACCAUACCCUGUUCAAAGGCACUUAAAAAUUGUCUUGCCCAUUCACCCUCUGAAUGGCAAACAGACACAAUCCAUGUCUCAACUGACUCAAGGAUUAAAAAUCCUUCUUUAAACUGUCUCCUCCCCUUCAUCUACACUGACUGACGUGGAUUUAACAAGUGACAUCAAUAAGGGAUCAUAGCUUUCACCUGGAUUCACCUGAUCAGUCUAUGUCAUGGAAGGAGCAGGUGUCCUUAAUGUUUUGUACACGAACGAAAAUAUGAACACAACAUGUAAUGUGUUGGUCUAAUGUUUCAUGAGCUGAAAUAAAAGAUCCCAGAAAUGUCCAUGCGCACAAAAAGCUUAUUUCUCUCAAAUUUAGUGUUAGUGAGCAGUCCGGGCUCUGGCUGGGCCACUUAAGGACAUUCAAAGACUUGUCCUGAAGCCACUCUUGCGUUGUCUUGGCUUUGUGCUUAGUUUCGUUGUCCUGUUGGAAGGUGAACCUUCGCCCUAGUCGGAGGUAAAAUCAAAUCAAAUCAGGUCCUGAGCAAUCUGGAGCAGGUUUUCAUCAAGGAUUUCUCUGUACUUUGCUCCGUUGAUCUUUCCCUUGAUCCUAGUCUCCCAGUCCCUGCCGCUGAAAAACAUCCCCACAGCAUGAUGCUGCCACCAGCAUGCUUCACCAUAGGGAUGGUGCCAUGUUUCCUCCAGACGUGACGCUUGGCAUUCAGUCCAAAGAGUUCAAUCUUGGUUUCAUGGUCUGAGAGUCCUUUAGGUGCCGUUUGGCAAACUCUAAGCGGGCUGUCAUAUGCCUUUUAUUGAAGAGUGUCAUCCGUCUGGCCACUCUACCAUAAAGGCCUGAUUGUUGGAGUGCUGCAGAGAUGAUUGUCCUUCUGGAAGGUUCCCCCAUCUCCAAAGAGGAACUCUGGAGCUCUGUCAGAGUGACCAUCAGGCUCUUGGUCACCUCCCUGAACAAUGCCCUUCUCCCCCAAUUGCUCAGUUUGGCCAGGUGGCCAGCUCUAGGAAGAGUCUUGGUGGUUCCAAACUUCUUCCAUUUAAGAAUGAUGGAGGCCACUGUGUUCUUGAGGACCUUCAAUGCUGCAGACAUUUUUUGGCACCCUUCCCCAGAUCUGUGCCUCGACACAAUCAUGUCUCGGAACUCUACGGACAAUUCCUUCGAACUCAUGGCUUGGUUUUUGCUCUGACAUGCACGGUAAACUGUGGGACCUUAUAUAGACAGGUGUGUGCCUUUCCAAAUCAUGUCCAAUCAAUUGAAUUUACCACAGGUGGACUCCAAUCAAGUUGUAGAAAUAUCUCAAGGAUGAUUAAUGGAAACAGGAUCCACCUGAGCUCAAUUUCAAGUCUCAUACCAAAGGGUAUGAAUACUUAUGUAAAUAAGAUAUUUCUGUUUUUAUUUUUAAUAAAAAUUGCAAGGGGUCUGAAUAUUUUCCGAAUGCUGUGUGUGUGUGUGUGUAUAUAUAUAUAUAUAUAUACACAUACAGCCUUACACACUCUUGCCUGCAUCUAGCUUAUCUAGGGUGUAAUCAUUAGUACAACAGUUGCAAACGAGUUUCUAUUGGACAAAUUCAGGCAUUUUUAUCCCCGUUUUGUUUAAGAAACUUUUUUCAACAGAGUCGGCGGAAUGAAUACACCUCUGAUCACGCAUAAACACAGUUUACUUUCAUAGUAGCCAUGUUGUAUUCCUUCUUGCCUCUAUGCACUCUCCUCCUCUCACCUUUUCCCUUUGUUUGUGGACUAAAAGGAACAACACAUCAGCUGUAUGUGAGCAGGCGAAAAAAACGUUCCAAGCCAAAUCAUGUCAUAACUGCUACACACAGCCUACAUUGUUUUCCCCAUAUUAGCGAAAGUAACGUCCUAGUCAACAUAGCUAAUAACGUCCUAGUCAACAUAGGGCGGCAGGUAGCUUAGUGGGUAAGAGCGUUGUGCCAGUAACCGAAAGGUCGCUGGUUCUAAUCCCCGAGCCGACUAGGUGAAAAAUCUGUCGAUGUGCCCUUGAGCAAGGCACUUACAGGAGCAAUUAGGGUUAAGUCACUCUGGAUAAGAGCGUCUGCUAAAUGACAAAAUAAAAUAAAAAAUAAAUAAACUAAUGCGUUAGUAAACCCGCUACAAUCAUGCAGUAACGUUAGUGUAUAGUCAGUAAGCAGUUACACCGGUGGGCCACGGUGGCAAUAAAUUAAUAAAACCAAAAGCUUACCUUGACUUGGAAGAGUUCCAGUGUUGUGUUGGAUAGUCAUAGCCAGCUAGCUAACAUAGCUAGCAAAUGCAGCUGGCUAGUUUAGUUACUCAAACAGAGGGAUGCUAAGUAAGUGAAACUGAAAAAAAUGAAAUCUCUCUCUUGCUUCUCCUUCAUCUCUGAAUAAAUUAAUUUAUUGAAAACUGUUCAACUAUUGUCUUUCUCUCUCUCUCUGAGUCAACUACUCACAUUUUAUGCACUGCAGUGCUAGCUAGCUGUAGCUUAUGCUUUGAGUACUACAUUUAGAUUAAUUCUCUGAUCCUUUGAUUGGGUGGACAACACGUCAGUUCAUGUUGCAAGAGCUCUGAUAGGUUGGAGGAUGUCCUCCAGAAGUUGUCAUAAUUACUGGGUAAAUCUAUGGAAGGGGGUGAGAACCAUGAGCCUCCUAGGUUUUGUAUUGAAGUCAAUGUACCCAGAGGAGGACAGAAGCUAGCUGUCCUCCGGCUACACCAUGGCGUUACCCUACAGUGCUGUUGAGGAUACUGUAUACCUUCAUUGCAAAACAGUGUUUUUUAAUCAAUUAUUUGGUGACGUGAAUAUAUUUAGUAUAGUUUCAUCUAAAAAGGAAAAAUAAUGCAAUGUUUAACAAUUUUUAUGAAAUUCACUGAUGGUCCUCCCCUUCCUCCUCUGCGGAGCCUCCACUGCUCAAAUCACAUGCUCUUUGAGGUUGCAAAGAUAGUCAUACAGCCACACACACAGUCCAGUUCAGUUAAUUGGGUGACUCACUGUAUGAGCUGGGUAGAGUAGUAAACACUAAUACCGCAGUUCGCAUCUCAAUUGUCCUUAAAAGGGAAAAUCCACAAAAAAAAAUGUAUUAGUCCACUGUUGAUACAGUCCCAAAAUGUUUUGCAUGUCUGCAUUCAAGUUUUCAAGAAGCAAAGUGUUACCGGCCACAUCAUGAUGCAAAAUAUAUUUAAGUGGAUUUUCACUUUAAGGCUCCUCCAGGGAUCUCAACACUCCACACACACACCUAUCUAGUCACCUUCACACUUGUAUAUUUACCUUCAGAACCACACCUGGCUAUUUACCGUCACACAGACUCUUCACUCAUCAUGUACCAGAUUUCACUCUGUCAAUAUAGAACUACUGAGAGUUUAUUGACUGUACAAAACAUGUUUAAGUUCCUCCUGCUGGUCUAUACAUGGUAAAUGUUUGUAGUUCAAUGAAAACACACAGCAGUAAAAACUCAGUGCUAGAUCUCAGGCAUUGGUAAACUAAGUGGUCCGUUUAUACAGUACUGUAGAUAUACACAAACACACGUGGCGAUGAAGAGAGUCAGUCACAGGGGUUGGAGUGACGACAGAUGUUACUACGUUCAAUCCUUUAUACGGUGUUUGUGUGUGUGUCUGGUUGUGUGCAUGUGGGUGCAGGGGUGCGCUGGGACACCCAGUCAGGGAUGAUAGCAGACACUCGUCUGAAGGAGCUGACCCCCAACAUGCCGGUGAUCUUCAUCAAGGCUGUACCGGUGGACCAUCAGGAGACCAAGAAUGUGUACAACGAGUGUCCCGUCUACAAGACCCGUAUGAGGGGCCCCACCUUCAUCUGGACUUUCAACCUCAAGACCAAGGAGAAGCCUGCCAAGUGGGUAUUGGCCGCAGUCUGCUUCCUGCUCAGCGUUUAACAGAGAGGAGAGAGAAACACAAAAACAGACUCAGAGCACUUUCAUCUGAAAUACUUUAUUAAAUAAAACAAAAACAUCAAUGUUGCUAAAAAAAACUACGAUAUAAAAGAUUCCUGUCAUCCAUGUCUGUUGGAGGGAUGUGAUGCUGAAUACAGCUAUCAGUGAGGUAAGAGGACGUGUGGGAGAAGGAUGUGUGUGGGAGAAAGAUGUAUCACAGUACAGCUUUCUCACUGUUCCUAGGAAGCUCCAACCUCUACCAGCUAGUACACACAGAGGCACAGUACAGUACACACCUGCCUGCACGCAUACACACACCUCAGUGAUAAGGUGAGGUUUGUUUAUUGGCGAGCUUCCAGCCUACUGUUAGCACAGUGUAACAAUAGAACUCCUGUAUAUAAGAAAAUCUAUCUUUAACCCCUCAGCUAUUGUUAGAGCUAGGCUUGUUUUUUUACUCUGCCAGAUCACCAGAUAUCAGCUAAGUACUUAAACUACAACCACAGACUUACAGUGCAUUCAGAAAGUAUUCACACCCCUUGAAUUUAUCCACAUUGUUGUUACAUCCUGAAUUUAAAAUAGAUUAAAUUGAGAUUUGUCACUAGCCUACACACAAUACCCCAUAAUGUCGAAAUAUAAUUAUUGUUUUUGAUGUCUUGAGUCAAUAAGUAUUCAACCCCAUUGUUAUGGCCUAAAUAAGUUCAGGAGUAAACAUUUGCUUAACAAGUCACAUAAUAAGUUGUGUGGACUCACUGUGUGCAAUAAGUGUUUAACAGGAUUUUUGAAUAUCUUCCUCAUCUCUGUACCCCACACAUAUAGCUAAUUGUAAGGUCCCUCAGUCGAGCAUUGAAUUUCGAACACAGAUUCAACCACAAAGACCAGGGAGGUUUUCCGAUGCCUCGCAAAGAAGGGCACCCAUUGGUAGAAGACAAAGAAGAAAAUACAUUGAAUAUCCCUUUGAGAAUGGUGAAGUUACUCAUUACACUUUGGAUGGCGCAUCACUACACCCAGUCACUACAAAGAUACAGGCAUCCUUCCUAACUCAGUUGCCAGAGAGGAAGAAAACCGCUCAGGGAUUUCACCAUGAGGCCAAUGGUGACUUUAAAACAGUUACAGAGUUUAAUGGCUGUGAUAGGAGAAAACUGAGGAUGGAUCAACAACGUAGUUACUUCACAAUACUAACCUAAUUGACAGAGUAAAAAGGAAGCCUGUACAGAAUAAAAAUAUUCCAAUAAUAACAAGGUAAUACUGCAAAAUAAAUGGCAAAGAAAUUAACACUUUAUUUUCAAGACAAAAAGUUGUUUUCUGCUAAAUCAAAUACAACACAGAGUACCACUCCCCAUAUUUUCAAGCAUAGUGGUGGCUGCAUCAUGUUAUGAGUAUGCUUGUAAUCGUUAAGGACUGGUGAGUUUGUCAGGAUAAAAAAAUUAACGGAACGGAGCUAAGCACAGGCAAAAAUCCUAGAGGAAAACCUGGUUCAGUCUGCUUUCUAACAGACACUGGGCGAUUAAAUUCACCUUUCUGCAGGACAAUAACCUAAAACACAAGGCCAAAUCUACAUUGGAGUUGCUUACCAAGAGUUACAGUUUUGACUUAAAUCUACUUGAAAAUCUAUGGCAAGACCUGAAAAUUGUUGUCUAGCAAUGAUCAACAACCAAUUUGACAACUUGAAGCAUUUUUUUUUUUUUUUUUUAAGGCAAAUGUUGCACAAUCCAGGUCUGGAAAGCUCAUUUUAAGAGACUUACCCAGAAAGACUCACAGCUCUAAAAUCUCUGCCAAAAGGUGCUUCUACAAAGUAUUGACUCAGGGGUGUGAAUAGUUAUGUAAAAGAGAUUCCUGCAUUUUAUUUAAUACAUUUGCAAACACUUCUAAAAACAUGAUUUCACAUUGUCAUUAUAGGGUAAUGUGUGUAGAUGGGUGACAAAAAACAAAUUAUUUAAUCCACUUUGAAUUCAGUCUGUAAGACAAAAGUCAAGGGGUAUGAAUACUUUCUGAAGGCACAUUACCGGAUACCACAGUGGUGUUGGGAAUUGCCAGGGACCUCACAAUACAAUUUUAUCAUGGUACUUUGGUGCCGACGCGAUAUGUAUUGCAAUUCUCAUGAUUUUAUAUGUAUUACAAGUCCAUACUGUGAUUUUACUGCGAUUCGAUGUUCCAAACCAAUUGUCUGCUGUAGCAGGACAAGAGAGCCAUGAGAAAAUAAGUUUUGAUCAGUUACGAAAAUAAAAGUGAUGAAAACAAAAUUGUCUCCCUGUUAACAAAGAAGAUGGAGAACAAGCUAUGAAGGAAAAAUACUGCAGUUUUGGUGCAAGUACAGCCAACAAUAAUAUUGCGAUGUUGUUCCAACGAUACGAUCAGUGCUAAUUUGUAAAUCUGGAGGUCCCGGAUCACAUAAUGAGCGCAAGAGGGGCGGGGUUAUCCGAGGGGGCGGGGUUAUACGGGGGUCUCAUGAGAAGAAAAGUCACAAACACAACGUAGCAGCGCAGCAGGCAGAGUAAACAGUCAAGUAGAAGACUAUGGUGGUGAAAUUGACAGCGUGCUACAAGACAUCACUGCAAAACACCCACACUUUGCAUAAAAUAAAAAACAAUUUGAUUGGUCGCAUUGACAUAUUUAGCAGAUGUUAUUGCGGGUGUAGUGCUUGCAUCUGGUUGAAAUGCUGGUGAGAGUUACCACCGCUCCGAUAUCCCAAAAACGUUUUGGGCUAAUAAUGUGAGAAAUAACCAAUAAAAUAAAAAAAUACUGCAAAGUUGUGUAGGAGCUAGAAACAGGGUGGCCAUGUCUAUUGGCGCCAUCUUGAAACUGACCCAUAGCCUAUAUUAUGCCCACAUACUCGAGUAUAGCAGUGGGGCAUACACAAGUCCGAAUUUCUUACACCAACACUUUGAUGUCAAUGCAGAACACCUGCCAUAUGCAUACAGUGCAUUCAGAAAGUAUUCAGACCCCUUCACUUUUUUCACACUUUGUUACGUUACAGCCGUAUUCUAAAAUGGAUUUCCCCCCUCAUCUCCACACAAUACCCCAUAAUGACAAAGCAAAAACAGUUUAGAAAUGUUUGCAAAUGUAAUUUAAAAAAGUAUUCAGACCCUUAACUCAGUACUUUGUUGAAGCACCUUUGGCCGUGAUUACAGCCUCGAGUCUUCUUGGGUAUGAUGCUACAAGCUUGGCACACCUGUAUUUGGGGAGUUUGUCCCAUUCUUCUCUGCAGAUCCUCUCAAGCUCUGUCAGGUUGGAUGGGGAGCGUCGCUGCACAGCUAUUUUCAGGUCUCUCCAGAGAUGUUCGAUCAGGUUCAAGUCUGGGCUCUGGCUGGGCCACUCAAGGACAUUCAGAGACUUGUCCCGAAGCCACUCCUGCGUGGUCUUGGCUGUGUGCUUAGGGUCGUUGUCCUGUUGGAAGGUGAACCUUCACCCCAGUCUGAGGUCCUGAUCACUCUGGAGCAGGUUUCAUCAAGGAUCUCUCUGUACUUUUCUCCGUUCAUCUUUCCCUUGAUCCCGACUAGUCUCCCAGUCCCUGCCGCUGAAAAACAUCCCCAUAGCAUGAUGCUGCCGCCACCAUGCUUCAUCGUAGGGAUGGUGCCAGGUUUCCUCCAGACGUGACGCUUGGCAUUCAGGCCAAAUAGUUCAAUCUUGGCUUCAUCAGACCAGAGAAUCUUGUUUCUCAUGGUCUGGAGAGUCCUUUAGGUGCCUUUUGGCAAACGGUCACAGACACCUUAAAAUAAAAAGGCAGGGGUGUGGAUCAGAAAAUCAGUAUGUAUCUGGUGUGACCACCAUUUGCCUCAUGCAGUGCAACACAUCUCCUUUGCAUAACGUUGAUCAGGCUGUUUGAUUGUGGCCUGUGGAAUGUUGGCCCCCUCCUCGUCAAUGGCUGUGCGAAGUCACUAGAUAUUGGCAGGAACUGGAACGCGCUGUCGUACACGUCAAUCCAGAGCAUCCCAAACAUGCUCAAUGUGUGACAUGUCAGGUGAGUAUGCAGGCCAUGCAAGAACUGGGACAUUUCAGCUUCCAGGAAUUGUGUAAAGAUCCUUGCGACAUUGGGCCGUGCAUUAUCAUGCUGAAACAUGAGGUGAUGGUGGCGGAUGUAUGGCACGACAGUGGGCCAAAGUAUCUCGUCACUGUAUCUCUGUGCAUUCAAAUAUCCAUCGAUAAAUUGCAAUUGUGUUCGUUGUCCGUAGCUUAUGCCUGCCUAUACCAUAUCCCCACCAUGGUCCUGUGUAGCUCAGUUGGUAGAGCAUGGCGUUUGCAACACCAGGGUUGUGGGUUCGAUUCUCACAGGGGGCCAGUAUGAAAAAAUGUAUGCACUCACUAACUGCAAGUCGCUCUGGAUAAGAGCGUCUGCUAAAUGACAAAUAUAUGGGGCACUGUUCACAACGUUUACGUCAGCAAACCACUCGCCCACGACACCAUACACGCGGUCUGCCAUCUGCCUGGUACAUUUGAAACCGGGAUUCAUCCGUGAAGAGCACACUACUCCAGUGUGCCAGUGGCCAUCGAAGGUGAGCAUUUACCCACUGAAGUCAAUUAUGACGCCGAACUGCAGUCAGUUCAAGACCCUGGUGAGGACGACGCGCAUGCAGAUGAGCUUCCCUGAGACGGUUUCUGACAGUUUGUGCAUAAAUUCUUCUGUUGCGAAAACCCACAGUUUCAUCGGGUGGCUGGUCUCAGACGAUUCUGCAGGUGAAGAAGCUCGAUGUGGAGGUCUUGGGCUAGCAUGGAUACACAUGGUCUGCGGUUGUGAGGCAUGUUGGACUUACUGCCAAAUUCUCUAAAACGACAGUGGAGGCGGCUUUUGGUAGAGAAAUUAACAUUACAUUCUCUGGCAACAGCUCUGGUGGACAUUCCUGCAGUCAGCAUGCCAAUUGCACGCUCCCUCAAAACUUGACACAUCUGUGGCAUUGUGUUGUGACAAAAUUGCACCUGUGUAAUGAUCAUGCUGUUUAAUCAGCUUCUUGAUAUGGCACACCUGUCAGGUGGAUGGAUUAUCUUGGCAAAGGAGAAAUGCUCACUAACAGGGAUGUAAACAAAUUUGUGCACAACAUUUGAGAGAAAUAAGCUUUUUGUGCAUAUGCAAACAUUUCUGGGGAUCUUCUAUUUCAGCUCAUGAAACAUGGGACCAACACUUUACAUGUUGUAUUAUAUUUUUGUUCAGUGUAAUUUAAGAUAUCAAAACGUCCCAUAAUGACUCUUCCCAUGUCAAGUCCAUUUAACUCCUGACAGUCAAUUUCUUGCUUAAAGCCAUGUGGCUGUGACAGUUAGCCUCCAUGAGUGUUAACUAUAACCUGGGUGUCCUCUAGCCUCGUCAACAAUGCUUGCUACCACUAAAUGUGCUGUGGUUCGGGCAUGUUCAAAAACCUUUUUUUCUGAGGGCUCUUUGUUGUGGUUUUUAAUUUCAUGGAGGCAGUGGACAUUCCUGUACAUUCCACCCACUCUUUUGCUAGUUUAAUCCCUCCAGUCUUUUCUAGACCCAUGCUCCCUACCUUUUUGCAUGUUGUACAGCCCAGCUUAGAAUUUUGCAUGACAAACCAGGGUUUAUGCGGGUUUGUUCUUGAACUGAGCUUCCGUCCAAAUUGCACCUGCUCCGAGCACUUCGUCGGUGGAUGCACUGUCCCACCCGGCUCCCCGUCUCCCUCUCCAGUCGAGUCUGACUUGCUAGUAGGCCUACUAGCUAGUGGAGGUGCCGGUGGUGAUGCUGAACUGGCGGGAUUAGCAGCGCUGCUAGCUAAGGCAUUGCCAUCAGGAGGAGUUUGCCCCUCACUCCUCUCCUCCGGCACUGACAGUUCUCUGGCUCGUUUCGUGUUCGAUUCGCCUUCUUUCUCUGGACUUUGGGAUUUGAAAAACAAACUAUUGCCUUAUCUUAUCAAUUAUUUUUUGGGAUUUCUCAUGUUUUAAAUUCAGUAGGGAGACGACUAGCCUAGGCUACAUGACGUGUUUACGUAGGGACCUUUUCACUAGCUGACCACCACUACCAAGACCUGUAUCAAGAUCAGUUACUUACCCCACCAGCCCUCCCCAUAACAUCUAUGUACAAAUAAGACAGCAGAUCUGGAAUCAGUGUGGCAGGAUAGGAUGAUAAUACAGAAAGAUCCCUGUGCUUUUACAUUAUGGUUUUCUGGGGGGGCGGGAGAAAUAACGAGGAGGCAAUUUAAUUUCACUCUGAUCGCUUUUAUUAGAAUGUUUACAGUGCCCACAGUGAAACAAUAAUUCAUGCGGCGUAAGGUACUGGAUCCAGGAAAAUAGGUGCCGGAACGAACUAAGACAAAUCUGAGAGGUGCCGGAUCCUGUUCCUCAAAUUAAGCACUGGAUACAAUAUAUAUUCUAAAAAUAUCGGAUGUCCAUAGAUAACGCUGUUUCGCGGACAAGGUCGUUCAAAGGUCAAUUACCUUUAGUGACCCUGAUCCCACCUCACAUGCUCAGUGAGAGUGAGUGAGUGAGUGAGGUGCACUAUGUGUGUUUCAAUUUCCAUUUCUAAAUUCUUAUCAUUUACCAGAACUGAUUGUAGAGUAACAAAAACAAACUCUAUAGCAUUUUUCUUCAUGUACUAGCAUGCUUGUGGUGUCAGUUUUGAGAGUGUGAGGAGGAAUGUGUGGGCCCCAUCCAUCAUUGUUCCCUCAUGGCAGCUGAUCAGACACACUGACACUUUGUCUCACUGAGUGACAUGUUGUGGUUACACGAGACACCUCCCAUUCACCAUUUACAGUCACCAUAAAAAAUUUAACUCAGCACUUCCUACUAGGCAAUUCUACAUCCCUGUUAGAACACACACACAUCAGGUCACCCUCUUAGCCUCCCUCUGACCCCACUGCAUACGCUAUCUGUCAAAUCAUCACCACAAUUCCAAAAUGAGAGGGGAUUUAACUAGAGGGAGGAGAAACUCACAUUCCUUUCUCUCACUCACAGCUGAAUUGGUCCAGAUGCUGACUGCAAAAUCUUGAUGCACUCAGCUGAGUGGUCAAGUUUCUCUCAGAGAGACGGGACAUUGAGGAGGGAGCUUCCUCUACAUGUAUAAUGGAUAAAGGUCUGUGUGGUAGGGGUAGGAUUCAAGCAAGGGUUGCUGGGUUUAGUUUCUGAGGUUGAUGUGGCCUAGGGCAGGGCUAGAUUGAAGCUAGGAUUGGAGUUUGGGUUGAGGGCUGGUACAAACAGCAGUGACUGAUGACAUUCUGCCAUUCUGGACUGACAGGGUCUGUACUUCUGUGCGUGACUAAGAGAUGAUCGUUCAGUGGGAGUAUGUGGGUGUGGUACCUGUGUUGGAUUAGUACACUGUGUGCGCGCCUGUGCGCUCUUGUCUGUGCGUGUUACCUGUGUUAGGAUGCGUCUCAGAAGAAGUUCUUGAUGAGGGGAGUAACCAGUUUGACCCACAGUUUGACGUGGCGGUCUGGCUGCUGGAACGUAGAGCUGGACACCUCUGUAGACCUCUGGUACAACAUCUCCUGCUCCUGUGUGUGUAUGAGAGUGUGUGUACACGUGUGUGAGAGAGACAGCGAUAGAGACGUAGCGAAGCUUCCAUUGUCUCACAUAGACAUUUAGUACAAGUUCCUGAACAGGUUUCCCUCCUAGCUCAAUCUCAGUCUGUGUUGCAUAUGCCAGCUCAGCAUAGCUUAUUAUACUAGGAACUAUCAGACCAGUUGAAUUUUGUAGACAGGCCUUUGGUUGAGAGCUGUAUAAAGCAGAGCCACAGUAUUGAGCCAUCAAGUCUGUUUAAAUAAAGUUGUCGGUUUGAAUGGCCUACCUCCUGCAGCUGGGCCUGUAGUUCCUGGUUCUCUGUUACUAUGGCGAUUUGGGCCUCCAGGUCCCGGUGCACAGAUCGAUAGCCAAAGUUAGGAGACCCAAUCAGUGUCAGGCAUGGCCGCACCUGCCCCCGCAGGUAGUACCACAACCCUACACACACACACACACACAGGUGGAGGAAGACAAGACGGAGGGAAAAGGGGAACAGUUUCCCCACAUCAGUGGUUUGUUCUGCAGCUGGGGGUCAGGGUGUGCUCUACUCUAAUGUUCAUUGAUUCGCUCCCCAGCUGGGUGCUGUGUGUGUUCUCCCCCACUGUUCUCGCUCCUGCAGUGCUUGCUGUGCUUACGGGAAAGCGCCGGCCCGCCCUGCUUCAUCUAAUAAAAGGGACUUCUCUUCACUGUUUUCAUUUCCCACUCCCUCUCCCCAGCUCUCUCUCUGGCUACAUUUUACAAGACUUUGGUCUUUUGAAUAAAAAUAAACAACUUACCUAGCUACUAAUGCAUCUCUAACAUUUCAGUUAAAGUUGAAUAUUCUUUAUUUUGGACACAUUGCCUUUUGAUUCUAUAAGUAUCAGCGAAAGAAAAGUGCAGGUUGGCAGUAGUUUAGAUAUCAUUUGUCAGAGCAUUGUUUAUAAGCUGUUUCAAAAUGGGGAUUUUGGUUUCCGUUGGCCAUGCCCACAACUAUAAAGAAAACACUAAAGCACAGAAACCCCCAAAGUCUAGCCAAACCAAGGAAUGACUGUGUGUGUGUGUGUGUGUGUGUGUGUGCGCGUGCGUGUGUGUGUUUCCUUGGCCCGGGGCUAAGGGUGAAUGACUUGACAAGCCGUUGUCUCUCCCGCAACAUAUCUAGGUUACCACAGGGACAGAACAGCAGAGCCAGAGAACAGAACAGAAGAACGUGGUCCAGCUAAUCUGUCUGUCAGGCUGGAAUAGACACUCUGUGCCAGUCCCAAAGGGCACCCUAUUCCCUAAAUAGUAUACUACUUUUGACCAGGGCCCAUAGGGCUCUGGUGAAAAAUGUAGUGCACUAUAUAGGAAAUAGGGUGCCAUUUAGGAUGCACACUGCUUCCUAGCAGCUCACCAUCUGACCGUGGAACGUCAUAGCAACAAAAUUCACAUCACUACCGGGCAUAACUCACAGCCAAACAGAACUAAUCACAAUGGAGUAGAACCAAUUAGAAUCAAUCUAGGCUCUCAGGCCAAGGAUUAUAUAUUGUGUGUGUGUAGCCUACUUUCUCUGUACUCUGUGUGUGCGUGUCACCCACCCUUGGCGUGGAAGGUCCAUUGUGCUCUGUGGUACUCGUGGAGGUGAACCCUCUCAUGCUGUCCCAGAUGACACACUUUGCUGUAGAACUGUCUGGCAAUGUGGAUGUAGGCCGCUGGGAUCUCUCCGGCAAUGCCCUUGGCGCCGAAAAACCCAUUGACCUCCGGGGAGGCGGUGAGGAUCCGGUAGUCAGCGCCCAGCCCGAGAACCAGCGACAUGUAGGCCCUGGUCAGGUUGAAAUACCCCGAUGUUAGAAACACCGUCGCACCGGGACCUGCGUCUGUCAGCAACCGCUGCAAGGAAAUAAGUUGAGAUGUAGCGCCCAUAUUUACAUUUUUAAGUCACACAGGAACAAAAAAUACAAAAACAAUGUUACAAGGUAACAUCAUGUGCAAUGGAAGUUGUUUGUCCAAUAUUAGUUGGUGAGGGUAGUGGUGUCCGGGUGCAUGUUUGUGUGUACCCACCUGUGUGAUCUGCUCAUCCACCUGUAUUCCCAGAGGUUUCAUCUGAAUUAGAGGAAAAACCCAUGUAUCCUCCUUCCCUCCUUCCUCCCCCUCGCUCUCCCGCUCCAAACGUUCUGAUUCUGCAAUGUGUUGCCGCGUGCGAGCAGUGUUGACCACCUCCAUGAUGUGUUGCCGAGCCGACGCCGAGAAAUCAUCCCUGUUGCCUAGUGACAAAAGAAUGUAGGGAUGGUAAGAGGAGAGGAAACAGACCGAUCUGGUUAAAGCUAGAAUCCAUUUUAGGACUUUAAAUUAAUGAUAUAUACACCAAUUAAUUCAUGAAGAAUAUAAAACGUAUAAAUGCCUCAUGAGCUUAGUUUAACAAAAAACAUGGUUAAAAUUAUAAUGUCGAUUUCAUGGUCAGUCCUUGCAACCACAGCGAUGUCUAUAAAUGUAAGGGUGCUAACAUUCUCCAGGCCCAUCCAUAAGCUUUUUACCAAAACACAGGCGGGGUGACCCCUUUCUUAUUGUUUCAAUUAAGGAUUCUAGCUUUAACCAUACACCUCAGCAAACGUUGAAUGAGAGAUCUCACACACACAGUGUGCAGUAGAGCAGGGGAGUGUGUAAAGUACAGUAGGUCAUUUAGUUCUGGGCAUGACGGCUGUGGGUCAAUAUCUGGACUACGCCUGGCGGCUGGGUCCACGCACAGACAUGACACGAGAGAGAGAGAGAGAGAGAGAGAGAGAGAGAGAGCUGUAGGCUCAGCAUUUGAGUUCAUUCUAAAGACGUGCUUUUACUGUAAAGUUAACACUGUUUCAGCUGGGGAACUUCAUUCACUAAUGAUUAUAAUGUGUGUGUGAUCUUCCCACUCGGUAUUGCUUACCAGCAACUCUGACAUCACUGCUCUAUUUCUGGUCUCCGUGCCAACUGCAGUCCGGUUCUGCAGACAUGUCAUUCAGCUCUCUCCCUCACUCUCCUGCCUCCCACUCUCUCAUUCACACACACGCCAGUUCGCUGAUUUCACUGUGUGUCUGAACUGGAACAGGCUACAUUUGCAGCUAAUCCGAUUCCAUUAACCUUUCCAAGAACAACACAUUACACUACAUAAUGAGAGUGUACAGGCAGAACUGAGCAACGAGUCACGCACUUAGGGUCUGUGUUACGUGUGCGUUUUAUACCUCUGUAGGGGUGCACCAUGCCGUACAUCAUGCUCACAGAGUUGUCGGUCUGUAGCUGUAACGACACGUCUCCCACGGCGCCCACCAGAUCAGAGAAGAAGUCGGCCACCUCCCCACAGUUCUCCAGCAGCACGUAG